AUGAAAUACUUUAAGGAAGCUUCAUUCUCAUUAAAAUAAAAGUUUGGUUACACUCCAGAAGAAUAAGCUGUCAAACUCUUUGAUCAAGCAUAUCAUUACGAAAGCUCAAUUCUCCCUAUCAAUCUUCUUGAUCAGAUAGCUGAAUUAAGUUUUCAAAUCGAUCAUUAUCCUAAAAUAAUCAAUUAAAUAGUUCUGUAAUUAUCUACUACCGGAAUCACUCCCAACGUUAUUCUUAAAACACUUAUAAUUACUGAUUAUCUAUUGAAAUACGGAUGUUCCGGUAUUAUAGAUGAUCUAAAGGUUAGGAUAUACAUGUUUAGAAAUUAUCAAGAAUUUAAAGUAGAAUUCUAAGAUCCUAUUUAUAUAACAUUACGGCAAAAAGCUGGAAACAUCGCUAAUUAGUUAACCAAUAGAAAGCUUUUGUAUAAGGAGAAAGAAAUAGCUAAGUAAAUGAAGAUUAAGAUAUAAAUCAAUAAGCAAAAAACUUAAUCAUUAAGUCAUUAAGAUUAUAAAUAGACAACCACCACUCUUGAUGACAUUCUGGAAAAUUAUAUUUUUAAAUACAUGGAUAAAUUUAAUGAUAAAUUGGAAGGAUGGGGAGAUCAAAUAAACGAUUAGUUAGAUCAAAUUAUUGAUAAUAUCACAAUAAAUGCUGCUUAUGAAAGAGAUGAAAAUGGGUAUUACUUUCCAGAAUCUUGCAUGGAUGAAAUCACUAUUACUAAUAAACCGAAUAAGAGUUAAGAAUAGCCAUAGAAUGAUCAAUAAAAUAAAAGUCAUCAGACGAAAGAUUUAUUGGAUUUUGAAAACGAUAAUAUUGAGUAAUAACAGAAGUAAGAGAUUAAUUUACUCGAUUGA